UUCUUCAAUUCAAAGCUGUAAAAAUUUUAAAUGGUAUCAGAUUCCAAAGUUUUUAGCUUUUGAAGGUUCUUCAGAAAAAAAGUCAAGUUCUUUAAAAAGCAUGAACAUUCAUCUUACUUCUUCCACCAUUUGAGAAUUUUUCUCUCUUCAUCUUAAGAAUGGAGUUGUUCCUCUGUUUCAUCUCUCUGUUUUUGAUAUCAUCACAACCUGUUGCGUUGAGUAUAACAGAGAAACCAGAGAUUGAAUGUGCAAUGUGUUUAGAAUGCGAGAAUCCAUGUGAUCAGCCGCCUCCUCCGUUGCCCUCACCCCCACCGCCGCCGCCACUAGAAUUUCUCUGUCCUCCGCCGCUUCCUCCACCUCUACCGCCGAUAGAGAUUUUCUGUCCGCCGCCACCUUCUCCCACACCCCCAUCUCCUUCCCCGCCGCCGCCUUCUCCUCCCCCUCCUUCACCGCCACCACCAUGUAAUCACUGCCCGUUACCGCUUCCACCGCCGUUGCCGCCGGUUUGCAAUGAAUGCGUUCCUAACAAGCCUAGACCACCGAUCAUUAUCACCGCCGCAGCAGCUAUGCCAGAGAUCUCUGCUCCCAUCAGCUUAAUAAUUGCUCUUCUCGCCUUUCUAGUUUCUUCUCUGUUUCAAUAAUCUUUGUAGCUGUCUUUUUAGCUCUAUUCGUUGUGUCUCUUCGUUAUAAAUUCUUACACUCAUAAAGGAAUUUGAUUUCUGGUAUUACGAAAUUUAGCAGGACGAUAUAAAACAAUAGUGAGAUUGUAAAAGUGUAAAACUGAACUUUCUAGAAUUCUAGUUUGUCUUUUGAUCUAAGGAUUCGAUUGUUUCAAACCCAUAUAUCAUGCAUGUGUGUUUUGUUUGCAUUUACAAUAAAAGUCAACUCUAUACAAUU